GAGAGAUUGUGUUAGCGCGAGAGAUGCAGCUUUUUUACGCACUCGGCGGUGAUACGGGUAUAGUACGAGGCGACUAGAUAACGCGACUAUUUCCUUCCACUAUUGGCCGGGAGUCGGAGCAGUUAGCCGCGUGAACAGCUCCUUCGAGGGGUUGCCCGCGCGAUCGACAUCGCGGGCAAGAGCGCGCGCUUUUUUUUAUCACGCGUUUCGAGAGAUCCAACUAUAUAGUGUACGCUUAAAACACUCCGGUGUAGAACGAGGCCCGAACUCGACUGCCGCCGUUUUUUACCGCUAUAGUCGAUUAGUCGCGGCGAGCCGCGCUUUGGCGCGCGCAUCGUCCCGCGCUUUGUCCAGCUCGCGAGCUGCUCGCACCGUGUAUAUAAGUGUAUAUUGUUGUGUGAACUGCGGACUUGUAUGAAGCUGAUGUGAAUUGUGAAGUAAACUGCGCGAAAGCCCAAAAUAUAAUACAUAUUUACAAGGUUUUUAUAGAAGUUAAAAAUUAGGCAUUUGCUUAUCUUUGCAAUGAAUUUUUAUAUAAUAACUUCAAAUGUGCAAGUUUUUGAGGCUUAAAGGCAAUAGUCAGAUCGCAUGAUCGUUUUUUUUUUUUUCUUCAAGAAGCGCACAAUUAAGUAGUGGUUGGUGGAUAUUACAAUCACAGAGCAUAAUAUGAUAUAGAAUACACUCUGCUUCUCUCCUUUGUUUAAUUUUCAUUUUUAAGCAGCGCGCCACACUGCGCGCAUGCGCAUUCAAAGCGCAGCAUAAACUAGCAGACGCGGUAUAAACCUGGUCCUGGCAGUCUGUCCACACAUGCCUGCAAAGUUGUUGAAAAAUGGCGAAAAAACGUGGAAAAGUUAUUUCGGAAAAUAAAAACAACGAGGAUUCGGUGGAAGAACGCGUGGAAAGCGAAGAAAAUGAAAAAACCGAAGAAGACCAGAACAUGGAAGAAAGCGAGGAAGAAAAUGUGAACAGAAAAAAGAUGUUAGCCAAACCGGAGAAGAAGAAGAAAAGGGGCAUUAUUUACUUGUCAACAAUACCACGAUAUAUGAACGUUACUAAAAUUCGUGAAAUAUUUUCCGCCUACGGAGAGAUUGGCCGUGUGUAUCUGCAGCUUGCUGACAGUGAAUUAGAGGAUAAGAAAAAAUUGAAGAAAAAGAAGAGGAAAACUCCAGCCAAGCACUUCACAGAAGGAUGGAUUGAAUUUGAGAGCAAAAAAGUGGCCAAAUUUGUUGCAGCUACGUUGAAUAAUACACAAAUUUCAACAAGAAAAAAGAGCAGAUUUUAUGAUGUUAUAUGGAACAUAAAAUAUUUACCCAGGUUCAAGUGGACUCAUCUCAGCGAACGAUUAGCAUAUGAGAGAGCGGUUCAUAAGCAAAGGUUAAGAGCUGAAAUUGCCCAGGCAAAGAGAGAAGUGAACUUCUUCUCUUACAAUGUUGAUAGAAGCAAGAAACUGAAAAUGCGAGCAGAGAAAGGUGAAUCUUCCAACUUUGUCAUGCCCGAAAUCAAGCAGAGAGAAACAGAUAUGGAGAUCAGAAAGAAGAAGAAUCAACUGCAAGAUGAAGACAGAACAGAGUUCCUCAAAUCGUUGUUUGGAUAGUAAUAAAGUUGUUGCAUUAAGUUUUGUACAUAGUUUGAUUGAAAUGAUGAUAAAUUUUUAUAUUCUAA